CAAUUCUCAAUCUGCGAAGCCAACUCUAGCCGCUGCGCAGUACAUAACAAUAUAGCUCAUACACGAUUCAGAUAUGAAUUGGCUCCAGGUGAAGACGUGUUUAAUCGCAUCUUUGAUAGUCCUGUCGGAUUACGGCAUUUUUGGGGCUCAAUUGCCUGGCGACAACGGCUAUAUCUACGACAAGCCCGCAAUCCUCCCCGGCAAUGAUUUCGGCCGUCGCAUCAACCCGGACUAUCCAGAUGCCUUGGCUGGCAACAACAAUUACGGACGAGCUGGAUUUUCUCGAGGCACGAGUAUUAAUAACGGCUUUGCUUACCCAACGGGUCAGCAAUCGCCUUAUCAAGAGUAUCCGGACUAUCGAGGAAACUAUCAAGGAAAUUAUCGGGGCUAUCAGGCUUAUAGAGACGAUGGGAGGUUUGGCGCCUAUCGAGGUUACAACACUAACGAGGGCACAAGGCCGAUGCCCUACAGUUUCCAGUACGAGGUGAAAGAUGGAGCGUCGGGCAACGACUACGGCCAGCAGGAAUCCGGCGACGGCAACGGCAACGUCAGGGGCGAGUACAGAGUCCUAUUGCCCGAUUCACGCACGCAGAUCGUCCGUUACACGGCCGACGACGCUAAUGGCUACGUCGCCGAUGUCAGAUACGAGGGCCAGGCUCAAUUUUUCCCCAAUCAGUACAGCAACGGCGGCAGAUUCCUUGGAGAUUUUGGCUCUGCUUAUCGGCAAGGUUUCAACGGGGCAGUAGCAGCAUCUGGCACAGGAAACGUCAACAGAGUCGGCUUCCAGGCGGCUAAUCAAUACCUGCCUCCCGCUGGUACGUACGGCAAGUGAUUGGUAUAAGACACUCAUUGGAGGCGCACGAUGAUCCUGACACAAGGACGUUGCCGCUCAUACAUACGGUAUAGAGACACCAGUAGACAGAGAGAUGGAGAGAGAGGAUGAACAGAGAGAGAGAGAGAGUAACCCCAUCGAGACUUCGUUUGCAGCCACGAAUGUCAAGCCUUCCUCCCUUUCUGUUGCUGACCAGCUUUGCUUUGAUGCAGUAUUACGUGAGUGUGUGCAGCAUCAGCUUCUAUCUCUCUCUCUCUCUCCCACUCUCUCUUCAUCUCUCUCCCACCCGAAGGAAAUCCCAAGACAAUACCACACAAGCUUUGCAGAUGCAGCCACUACCAUUUUAGCCACGAGCGCUGCAGUUGUAUCAAACUACACGCGACCUGCCAUGCAUAUUAGAGAACUCGUCUUCCUCUCGCCCCCCCCCCUCUCUCUCUCUCUCCUCUCUCUUUCUAUCCUUGUUGCGCCACUGGAACAUGCUGUCCUCUGCCUUUAUGUGUCUAUAACCAAAUAAAUUAGUAGUACAAGAUUUAGUUCGAUCGAUACACGUCGCUGUGAAGAGUUUCGUGCGCUAAGAUUAUAAGUUUACGUAAAAUACUGCAGUUAUGUAACACAUUACCUAUCUGUAUUCGAUGUACUCUCAAUUAUAUGCUUACAUAAUUUUAAAAUUGAUAUAGAUAA